CGUGGACUCGAGAGAGCGCGUCCACUGCCAUCGAAGUGUGCGAGGAAACGGAUAGUGUAUCUAGUUCGCUUCGCGUCCCCGCUCGUGCCCGAUAAACUCGCCUCAGGUUGAAUCAUGGCGCGUACCAAGCAAACGGCCCGUAAAUCAACGGGAGGAAAAGCUCCCCGUAAGCAGCUUGCGACGAAGGCAGCCAGGAAGAGCGCUCCGUCCACUGGUGGCGUGAAAAAGCCGCAUCGUUACAGGCCCGGUACCGUGGCUCUUCGAGAAAUUCGAAGAUACCAGAAGUCGACUGAGCUGCUGAUCAGGAAGCUGCCGUUCCAGCGGCUGGUUCGUGAAAUCGCGCAGGAUUUCAAGACCGAUCUGCGUUUUCAAAGCGCCGCCAUCGGCGCUCUCCAGGAAGCGUCUGAGGCAUACCUCGUUGGUCUCUUCGAGGACACCAAUCUGUGCGCGAUCCACGCAAAGCGCGUCACGAUCAUGCCUAAAGACAUCCAGCUAGCUCGGCGAAUCCGUGGCGAGCGUGCUUAAGAGACGCUAUGUAACUCUCAUACAUACCGUUCACUACGACCAUUAUUAUUACUAUUAUUAUUAAUAAUUAUUAUUAUUAAUUAUCGUUCGCAAUCGUCAUGGAUGAAGCACUUUCAUUCCAAGCUCUAUAUAUUGUUUUAUUUGCAUAGAGAUACGCAGUAGUAUUAUUCCUCCGGUGAUCAUCCCCAUUUAUAACUCUUAUCAAAAUUCCCUUAUCAACUUGAUGCCGAUUAAUUUACUGGAAGGGAAGAAACAGCUAGCCUGUUCGCCAAACGAACGUGAUUGGUAGAUUCAGUCAUUCACAUUUAAUUCGGCGAGCAGGCAAUCGUCCGGUUUGAACACGGCCAGUGAUAAAUUAUUUGUGUAUUAAAAGCACUGUUCAGUGCUUUUAAUGAUUUAAAAUUAAUUAAUCACU